GUCUCCUUUUUCCUGUUUUCGUGUUCUCGCAAGCUGUCGUGGCAAAAUUUUCGGAAUAUGAGAAAUUUAUAGACCUUUGCUUCGCCGAUAUUAGUUUUUAUAUUUAAGAUAGAAAAUGCCGAGUAAAAACAAGCUUACCCAAGAAGAAGAAGUUCUACUUCAAGAUUUUAGUAGAACUGUUUCAAAGAAAUCUCAAGCUUUAUUUUAUGGCAAUGCUUUAAUGGUUGCCGUUUUACCACUUUGGUUAUUCUGGAAGGUUCAUUUAAUGGAUCCAAUGACAUAUGGAAUUUUAUUUUUUGUUGGUACCAUUGUGUCAGGCUACUUAAUUGCAUUUGCCUACAAAAAUACAAAAUUUACUCUGAAGCAUAAAAUAGCACAAAAACGGGAAGCUGCUAUUUCUAAAGAGGUCACCGCUGAAUGUGAUUCAAAACCAGAAACCAAAAAGCUCUCCCGCAAAGAGAAAGAUGAUCGUAUUUUGUGGAAAAAGAAUAAUGUUGCUGAUACAGAAGCGACCACGUUUGCUAUUUUUUACAGCAACACUUUAUAUUUAUUCAUCAUAAUAACUUGUUCAUUUUAUCUUCUACGCUCUUUUUCUCCUGCAGUUAACUUCACUGCAUCAACGGGUUUAGCAGCAGGCUUAGUAGCUCUUCUUUCAACAGGAAGUCAUUAAAUUUGUUUGUAUAGAAUUUUAUGAAAGAUAAGAAAAAUUACAAUUUUGAAGGUA